AUAAAGGCAGCUGUUAGCCUGGGAAGCGACUCACACUGAACAAGCUAGAAAAGAGCUCGCCAACGGGAGGCCCCAGCAGGGUUGCUGUUGAAUAAUCCCUUCUGACAGCGGGCACCAGCGCCUUGGAGAAAGUUUUUCAGACAUGCGGCCUCGAUCCCAGCUGCUAUCCAAGAAGCAUCUGCCCACAAUAUGUGAAGCGUAUGAGGAGCUUUUCCAGGACCGAAUCAUUUCGAGGUCAGCGGUCAUCCGGGCCGAUCCUCUGUCUGCUGAUGAUUACCUGCAGUCCAUCUGUCAACUCGCCACUCCAACGUUUCCGGCCCUUCAGAGCCACACGCGGGACACGCAGAGCAUUAAUAAAACCAACCAGGUAAAGCACAGCCAGCGCUUAACCAGGCUACCUCUUCUGGCCCGACCGUUAACCCCCAUAAUUCACUGUCAUCAGGAUGGGUCUAUCAGUCCCAGUGAGCCUCAUCCAGGGAAGGCAGGCCACGGUAUAAAAGCUACCAGCCAUUUUCAUCCCGACCCACUGGAACAGCUUUAUGGACAGCAGGAGAAGCUCCACCUAAAAGAAGUUGAGGGCAAAUCCAGACUGAACAGACGGCCACAGCCGAGAAGCGAGGUGGGAUGCAGCCCUGUCCAGGAGGUUGGCAUUCCCGCAGUCCAAUUAAGCUCUCAUACAGCAAGGUCAGAAAAAAGCAGCCAUGAUGGCCUACCACGAACAAACAGUUUCCCUCAGCUUGGCUCUCCCAGACUCGUACAGCGGAAAAGCAGUUGCCCAGAGAUCGGCGAGCAUAAGGAUAAGCUCUGGAAUUCUGCAGAUGUGACGGCUGGAACUGCGAUGAGUCCAAUAAAGUUAAAGAUUCCCAGUAUAAAGAAAGGGAGCACUGCUUCUGGUAUGUCAGAAAGCACCGAGGACUGUCCGUUAGCAGGCGCUGAUGAGAAUAAAGUACUGUUUGACUGGACGCCGAAGUGCAGGAACAUCUGGAAGGCUACGAGAUUCCAGACCUGCAUGCUUCCGAUCAUUGCCGAACUGUAACUGGGACAACUGCAGGCAGUGAGUUGAUUGAUGGACCAAAAAAAAAGGAGACAAAGAUCUGGCUUACCUCGUUGAGUCACAUCGCAAACAGGAUGGACAUUGUUUUGUCUCUAGGAACUGUAUUGGUGACCUCGUCCCAGAAGGGGUUUGUAGGACUUUAUAGUAACAGACGAGAUUUUUCUGGUCGAUAUAAAGAUAAUGUGCUGUGUGACUAGAGUGACACCUGCUGCUCAGCACAGUAAUGACAUGUUGUCAAGAUAUUCCUUCACUUACCUAGCAAAUUUACUGAGACCAAUUCUAAGAGCAACAGUCCAUCCCAGCCAUACUGGAACAAAAAGGCAGGAACCAGGAUGCCAGUUCAUCACAGGGCACACUUGCAUUGGGACACCGGUUAUAAAAUGAGAAACUCAGGGGCGGGGUAGGGCCUCAUGGGUACAACUCAACGUUAGGGGGGGAUAAGCUUAG